AUGGCACCCCUCUUGUCAAAUUGCAAGGUCAUCAAAGAAGAGCCGCUUUCUCCAUCAGAUGCCAAAUGGACUACAUUGAAAAAGAUCACCUACAACAAUGCCGAGAAUGUUACCAAAUUCUGGGAAUCCGCUGUGAGACCUACACGCCCUUCCAAUAGCUUGAUCGAUGCGGUAGGCAUUGUUGCUAUCUUGCAAAAGCCUGGCGGUUCGGAAUUGCUCCUCCAAAAACAGUUCCGCCCACCUAUCGACAAGAUUUGUGUCGAAGUUCCUGCUGGUCUUGUGGAUGAAGGUGAAGACGCCGAGACUUGCGCCGUACGAGAGCUCAAGGAAGAAACUGGCUACGUGGGAAAAGUCAUCAAGGGUGAUCUAGGAGUGACACCUGUGAUGUACAAUGAUCCAGGCUUUUGCAACACAAAUUUACAGAUGGUUCACGUACAUGUGGACAUGUCGAACCCCGACAACCAGAAUCCUAAACCUGAGCUUGAAGAGAAUGAGUUUAUCGAAUGCUUCUCGAUCCCAUUGAAAACGCUCUAUGCAGAGUGCAAGAAGCUCGAGAGCGAGGGAUAUGCCAUAGACGCGAGAGUACUUACGCUGGCUGAAGGCAUAGAGGUUGCCCGACAGUUCAAAAUCACCUAG